GCCAGACAGCGCCCUUCUCUCCAAAACCCGCAGCCAACCGAUCAACUCGCCGGACUCUGUUCAGGCUUUCAUCACAGCGCCAGCCUCGCCAACACAUUCACCAAAGUCUGUCUCGAACAUGCACCGUCUCUCCCGCCUCCGCCCAUGCGGUGCUGUCCGCUGUCUCUCCACAUCGACACUUGCUCGAUCAUCCUCCAGUGCUUCGGCCGUGUCGCCUGGCAUCUUUUCCUCGCCACGACCGAUUCCUUUGGGCAACAAACAGGACCAGGAAGAGUUCGAGCGCCUGCUGAAACAGGCGGACAGCCAGAUCUCAAGUGAUGUGGCCGCCGGCAUCCAGCACCCCGAUGCCCAGCAGCACAAGCUGGAGGGCUGGGAGGGCAACAAGAAUCCCCAGACGGGCGAGAUCGGUGGCCCCAAGGGCGCUGAGCCGACUCGGUUUGGCGACUGGGAACGCAAAGGCCGGGUCUACGACUUUUGAACGUUGCCUCGGUGCGCCCUCAAACAUCCGCUGGAGGCCGAAACGCUGGAUCGACAACGAUCACAGGGCCGCUUUCAGAUGCAUGCUCCCGCCCACCCAAUACAGCGCUUUACGAUGCGAAAUAUUGCACCCUG